AAAGACGUUAUCAACAGUUGUACCUAAGAUCACUUGAGAGAAUCCAUUGUCUGGACCAUGAACAUGAGAUGCUGAGACAACUAUGGGAAUCCCAGCACAGUACCUAUGAGCACUUGAAAACAUUGGCUGUGAAAUCGGACUGCUGCUUUGAAUUUGUGGAUGGUAUAUGCACAGAGACACGAGAGAGUAAUCAAACUCUCCAUUACCAGGUGUCCCAAAUGAGGUCUGUGCUGUCAAAAAAUCAAGAAUUGUUGCAGAAGAUGAAGACAAAAGUUCAGAGCUGUGUGGAAGAGAGUGAGAAAAUGAAGGCUCAGAUGGAAGCUGCAUACAUGUCAAAAAAACUAAUUGAACAGUGUUUGGAGGAGUUUCGGUCCCACUCUGCUACUCGAAUUAAUGAACUGACUUGCACUUCAGAAACUUUGAGGGAAGUCCUUGACCUGCUGAAAGAGGCCUGUAAUAAUCAGUGUCUUAACCAGAAAGAAUUAGUGGAGGCUUCAGUCUACAUUCUCAAAAUGUGCCUGGAUAUGGAAGACGAUCACGCUAUAAUGUUACAACAGAUGAGAAAAUGCAAGGAUCUUUUGUCACGGAAAAAAUUAAUACUUCAAGCCAUGAGUAAAAAAAUGCAGGCAGUAUUGCUGGAACAGGCUGAAAUGAGACUGAAAAUGGAAAUAUCUGUAGAAGAAAAUGGAAAGCUACAGCAUCAGAUUGAACAAGCUACAGCUGAUCUAAAUUUCUCAAUGGAUCAGAUUCAGCUGCUGAACCAAGAAAACAAGGAGCUAGAAGCAGGUGAAUAA